UAAGCCAUAUACAUCCCGAGGGCCGCAAAUAAAAGUGUUGGCUUAUUAAGUUAGAUAGUCAUUCCCUGGUUGUGACAUUACUGAAACUCUAAAUCCAUCCCAAAAGACUGACAUCGAACAUAAAAAACGCAAGGGUAAGAUCAAAAAGCCGAAGAUGGAAUUCAUAACAGAAGAUAAAGCAGAGUUAGAGAAAGGUCUUCCAGUGAGCUUGGUAACACUUACAAAUCUUUUCAGCCAAGAUCUUCCUGAUGGAACAAUACUCUUCGAGUUUCCUUCAACUUCGAACAAAGGUCUUCGAUUCGUCAACGACGAGAAGUUUUUGGUGUACGACUUUCCUCCACCAACAGCCUUUAAAAACGAGUAUUUGUUGCCUCUACGAGCAUGUCCUGUAGCUGGGAAUAAACUACCACUAAUUUUAAGUGGCUAUCCCAGCACGAGCUUAAAGGAUCAUUGGAACAAAUGGGUACCAGGAUACGAAGAGCCCGUUAUUAAACCUAUUAGUGAGAUUCAGGAAUGUGGUCGAAUAGUAACGUCAUUUCAACAUCAGAAGAUCCCAUCGAGCAAGCAUGCAGUCGACCCCCAGGUUCAUUAUUGGCUUCUUUCCAAGAGGUGCAUACCUCAUAUGGGUGCAAAUCAUCCUCAAUACAUGACCACGGACAACUAUACUCUUCCAUGUAUGGUUAAGGCUGCUCAUGGAACAGGGACUAAAGGAACUUUCAAAGUAGAAACGAAGCAAGAAAUGGAGAGGGUUUUGGAAAAAAUGGACAAUAAUCUAAAGAACUGUCAAGCACCAGUAAUAACCGAGGUCAUAGAAGGCAUCACUGGCAACAACUGCUUACAGUUUUACCUCUAUAAAUCUGGAGAGAUUCAUUGGUUAGGAGUCACUAAUCAAAUUAUUGGAGACAACUUCAUUUGGGGGGGAGGGGUAGUCAACUGGGGCGAUCAGACCAGACUCAAGUCCCUUCUUUAUGAUAAAGUAGUUCCAGUGAAAGAGUACCUUCAUAAACAAGGCUAUUUUGGUAUUGUUGGAAUCGAUAUUCUUACUACGGAAGAUAACAGUUACAUUAUCGAUGUCAAUCCUAGAAUUAAUGGUUCUACACCACAGCUCCUUCUUGCGCCCGUCAUGGCGACUCUAGGGUACGACACCUCGGUGUAUCUUGCAGGUGGACGCUUCAACUGCAAAGCUGACACACUCUUGCAGACUGCUAAUUUGAUCAAUUCCCAGCACAGUGCUAUGGUAAUUGUCCUUUCAUUAGCUGAUGUCGAAAAGGGAUGUGAAGCUCAUGUGGUGGCGUUUGGAAAAACAGAGAAAAUAGCGUGGGAUGCCGCGAAUGGCUUACGACCUGACUUAAACGAACAGAAUGAAGAGACUUUGAAGUACCAUGGUGAAGUACAGCCGUGAAUGAAGUACCAUGGUGCAUGAAACCCUACUCCGACAAAAACCUGCUUAAUACAACAUCUUUCAAUCUUUCAUUUUAGGUAUUGGCCAGCUGGAAGCCAUUUCAACAGUAUACUUGUAUCAAGAUAAGUUAACUGGUCAAUGACUGGUUUAAAUUCGAGUAUGAAUAAAUCGACGUAUGUGUUUCACUAUAGUAACAUUAUUACAGCACGGGAUGAUAGAUACGGUUAAAAGGUAGUGAUGGAUGGUUAUAAGGGAUGAGAAGACAUGAAUAAUCUGCCUUCCCCCCUCCCCUGGGGCAAGACAUUGAUAGGUCCACUACAAGAAGUAUAAUAGAGUUUAAUUAAUCAUUUUAAAAAGUUUUAAGUUUUAAAAUUAAAUUUCAUAGGUGGCUAUCGAGCGCAGAGCUGUCAUGCUAGCAGGCAAUGAAAUUGUCACUUGACUUGGUAAAAAUAUAUUUCUUUGGUUUCCACUUCAUUAUGUUGUAUGUUUGUUGUUUGCUUUAAAGAAACACCAUCCAAGAGAAGUCGAUCAACCCAGUUAUCUAGAUCUAUGAUGUACUAAAUAAAUGAAGAAAAGAUAAUUUAUAAAUAUUGCACAUAAUUUAAAUUAAAAAAAGGGUAACUUGAUGGAUUAAAUAAUUGAAGAAAGGCUGUCUAAAGACAUCUGAUUCUUGAGUUCUUUCUGUCUGAAUAAAAAUUGCGAAGUUAUUACUGGUGCUUGACAGUUCUUUAGAUUAUUGUCCAUUUUUUCCAAGUUAAUAGCAAUUUUGACAUCUUUAGCAUUUUGGAAGAGAUUUAUACCAGCCAAUUGAAUUGUCUUGAUGUCAUUAAUAGACGAGUGAGAUAAUACGAUGAGGUAAAAUCCAAUGACCAGAUAGAAGACAAAUUAGCAAUUUGUCCUCGAUCAUGAAUGGGCUAUUGACUCAUAGGCCAUGCAGACAAAAGGACUAAACCAGUCAGUCAAAUAAAUCGAUGCAAACAAGUUUUGAAUUAAAAUUAAAUUUAAUGUUUUGGUUUUCAAAGCCGGCAUUUUUCAAUAUUAGUAGGAUAUAACUUGUAGCCUAGUUGUAGCUCAUCCAAUCAGAACGCAGCAUUGAUGAUAGAACACUAGUUGGAUUUGACUAAUAUGGAUGAGCCGGUGAAUACUUUAUGCAAYGAGUUUUGGUGUGACUUUGGUGUGACAUUAUGCAAUGAAUUUUGGUGUGACUAUUUAGACCAAAAAAGGCAAGGACAACAAGAGGCACACACCCUACUAGGCCUCCCACCCGUCCAAUUUGAUUCACAAUUUUUGCYGAUCGCCUAAUAGUACUUCAUGUAAUUCUCUCUUUCUUUACAUUUUACUUGAAUAAACUUGGAGAACCCAUC